AAUUUUUAAUUAGGAUUUAUACCUCAAUUAUAAUUUUGGAUUUGGGCGGAUUGAGGAUUUAGGGAUUAGGGAUCAAUAUUUAAGUCGAGACCGUCUCCGACUCUAAUAAUUCGGCUGGAACCAAACGACAGAAUCUUGAAAUUGAUUGAAGUAGUGAUGGACGAUUCAGAUUUUCUGCCCAAGAAGUCUUCUCGGAGAUGCGAUAGGAUUAGUGAGUUGCCUGAUGAAAUUAUCCUCGUCAUAUUGUCUUUCCUAUCACUGAGGGAAUCUGUAACCACUAGUGUUCUCUCUUCCCGAUGGUCGGAUUUGUGGAAACACACUCCUAAUCUCAACUUGGAUGCGAAGCUUCUAACCAACCGCUAUAAGAAGCCCAUAGAAAUAAUAAACUCGGUUCUCCAAUCGCAUAAAGCCCCUUCAUUGAAAGAAUUCCGAAUCUCUGUGUAUGCAAACUAUUUAGAGCAGCGCGCAGUCGCGAAAUGGCUUGAAUUUGUGGUUUCAAGACAAGUUGAGAGGUUGGAAUUGAACUUGCUGGGAACAGAGCUUGAGGUUCCAAUUUUCAAGGUUUCCCUAUUAGAGUUGUUAAGAGAGAGGCCUCAAAAUCUGAUUGGUUUUAAAUCCCUCAAGAGCUUGUGUCUGAAAGGUUUCAUAGUGAGUGGCGAGGUUAUAGACUCGUUCCUACGUAAUUGCCCUUUGUUGAAGCAAUUGGAUAUCCAUUCUUCAACUUUGACAUCUGAUGUUGUGAUUUGUGGCACGGCACUCGCGCUAGAGGAGCUCGAUAUAUAUCGUUGCGCUGGUCAAUGUUCCAUACAAGUUUCUGCUCCGAAUCUUACUUGGCUCAGGGUCCACUCCACUUCCCAGAUAUUACUUGCUUGUGCAGUAUUUUCCUGCAUUUCCAGACUGAAAACUCUCAGUUUAACCAUCCGCCGUCCCAAGGCGUUUUUAGGGAAAGCCUUUCCGCAAAUGCCUAUGUUGAAGAAGUUGUUCGUUGGAUAUGGUCGUGGAGCGUAUAAAGACGGUCUCUUGCCUGUAACGGCGUUGAUACGGGCAUCUCCUCAUCUUCAAGAAUUCAUGUUCAGGCCAACAUCUAAAGCUAGAUGGAGAGAAGUUGCAACAAAUGUUGAAAGACAUCCACAUUGGCAUCUCAAAGUGUUCAAGUUCGGAAGGUUUGUUGAGGGUGCCGGCGGUCAUCUGGAAUUGCUGAAAUAUAUUUUGGAUACUUGCGUUGCGCUUGAGAAAAUUAUUCUCCGCUGUUCAUCAAAGUCUCGGUUUUUUCUCAAAAAAAAAUCCAAGUCUCGGUUUUUAUAUAAUCAAGAGGCCUACCCACAAGCUGCCAGAGACCUCCUCGAACAGCUACUUGAUUGCAAACUGCCUGACAACAUUCAACUCUAUAUUGUUUAAUUAUCCUUGUUUUUUUCUACAGUUAUAGAAGUUCUAUGGAGAAGCAUAUAUUAUCAAAGAAUAGAGAAGGCAUCAUCACCAUUGGAUUAUAUUCAUUGAACGGUUGUGAAUCUGUGAUUGAAGAUGAUUUUAAACA